CGUUUGCGCAAAACGGUUACCGUUGACAAAAGUGGCCUGAUUGUGGAUGAAUCCUUGAAAGAGAAGAGUGUUAAAAUAGUUGAACCAGCUCCAUCUACAGCUUACAUCCCUCCUAAAAAGGAUCCUCCUAAGAAAAGUGUUGCCUAUCAAAGGCCCAGGUCGCCCUAUCAGCUGGAACCGUCUGAUGAUGAAAGAUUUUUAACUCCCACAGGCGGUAGAGGUUCCGAGUACGGAACUCCAGAACCAGACUCUCCUCGUUCUUUUAGAAAGUCUCCUGAAAAGGAAGAGAAACCUGAUGCUGCUUUUGAUGAAAAGAGCUUAAAAGUUAGCGCUGAAGACCUUAAGCAGGAGAUUCCCACAGGUACAGCAGCUGCGAGAAUAGCGAAAUUUAAUGUGAGCCCAGAAGGCGCAAAUGGAAACACGAUAAAGCGUAACUUCCGUCCAUCCCCUGUGAGGAUUCCGUUCCCGAAUGAGGUACGCAAAGUUGUUUAA